AUGACAGAAUUGGUCCCAAACAAGACGUGGGUGUUCAAGAAACCGCCCACAGAACUUCCUCGGCCGGGCAUCAAUACUAUCAUCGAGGAUCACCCCCUGAAGCUAGUUCCACCGCCUGGUGGUCUGGUGAUUAAGCUCCUCAUCGCCGGACUCGAUCCACACCAGAGAGAUCGUAUGCGGGGACCAGGUCUUGCAGAUUAUGUGCCUGGCUAUGAAAACAACGAGCCCAUCACCAACUUCUCGAUCGCCAAGGUCAUCCGCUCGGACAACGAAGCGUUCGAGGAUGGCAGUUUGAUCGCAGGUAGUCUACCCAUCGCUGAGUAUGGCCUGAUCCCCAAAGAGCUCAUUGACGCCCGGGCAAUGGCGUCGCCGCUCGUGUGGAAGGUGGACAAUCGGUACAAUCUGGACCUUAAGCACUAUGUUGGUACGCUGGGACUGGCGGGCAUGACUGCCUGGAACUCGUUCUACGGCCUAGUGAAGCCGGUCAAGGGCGAGACAAUCUGGGUGAAUGCCGCAUCGAGCUCGGUGGGAGAAAUCGUGGUCCAGCUCGCCAAGAUUGAAGGAAUGCGAGUGAUUGCAAGUGUGAGCUCUGAUGAGAAGCUCGACUACGUUCUGAACGAGCUGGGCGCCGACGCCGGCUUCAACUAUCGAAAGGAAAGCGUCAAUGACGCGUUGAAGCGACUGGCCCCAGAGGGAUUAGACGUGGUUUUUGAGAACGUCGGAGGCAAUCACUUUCAAGCCGCGAUUGAAAAUAUGAAAUGGUUUGGACGGAUCAUCAGCUGCGGGGCGGCAUCACAAUAUAACAAGCCGGUCGAAGAGCAGUAUGGAGUUACCAAUCUAUCGGAGAUCUUCCGUCGCCGCAUCAAGAUUCAAGGCUUCAUUUUCUGGGACGAGAACAUCUACCCAGACAACAUCGCUAACUUCCAUGCGGCGAUGCCGAAAUGGAUCUCGGAGGGAAAGAUAAAGUCACGAUACACUGACUUUGAAGGGAUUGAGCAGGCUGAUAAAGCGUUUCUCUCCAUGUUCACUGGAGGAAGCUUUGGAAAGACGGUACUGAAAAUUAGUGUCCCAUGA